UGAUUAGUUUCGACGGCGAACUCGUAACGGACGGACACGUGUGUGGAUAUUUCGUCGCGGACGCCAGGGGAACACUUCCCUCACCCUCUCUUGGUCUCUUCCGGGCUGUUUUUUUUUUUCUUGUGGUCGGGAGUUCCUGAACAGCGUUGUGACACCUAUUGGUAGUGGUUUUUGGAGGAGGAGGUCAUUUGGAGUGGACUCGGGCGCGGUGGUGAAUCGGUUCCGCGGGGGACGGCUAUUACGGGCUAAUUCCACGUGCAACUGGAAGGGUGGUACGGGAAUUUCUCUGGAGCAGGGUGGCGGAGAGUGUGCGGAGUAGCGGACCACAACACUUCCGGAAUAUCAGUGAUGGUGGGGUGAAAAACUACGUGCUGGUUGGCCAUUUCCGGGCCCCGCGGGUGUGCUAAUGAUCCGUGGCGGGGUUUUAAACUAGUGUCGUGUCCCGCUGAGAGAGAGAGUGCUGAAACGAGCAGUGUGUGUUGAUAAUUGUACGGUGCAUCGCAGGUCAUGGCAGCACUGCUGCGCUGGCUAGAAGUGUUGGCAACUCCUGCUGCUGCUGUUUGGUAGCGGGACGAACAAGCAGUCUGCUGUAAACGUAAACCAAGCAAUGAUUUAUUAAUUGCAUACUCCCGUUGACGUGGUGUGGAAGGAAAAUAAAUCACGUCAUGUUGUGCUAGGGAAGUGGUGCUGUGAGUUGGGAUUACAACAAACUCCGUGGAGGAAUAUCCCUCUCCCCCGUUAGGAUACCGUUCUUUAUGGUGGUGCUCGCCAGGUGAAGAAACGUUCUGCGGUUCAACAGUGUUGAAUAAGACUGGUGAAAAACAACCACCCAACCAAUAUCCCCUGGCCAGUGAGUAAUCGGUGUCACCAGGAAGACAAGUGAGUCAAGGCAGCAGCCCCAAGCACCAGAGAGUGCUGAGAAAAGUAAAAAGUGGAAAUUUUUCAACGAGGAGAGCAAGAGUGACAAAAGAAGAAGUGCUCCCGAAGAAUGGAACGGUCUGAAAAAAUCUACAUAAGCUGUGCAGGAUAAAAAAGUGAGGUUUCCACGUUGCAGUUCUUGUGUGUGCAGUGUUGACAGCGUCUCCCAUUUGAAUUAUGAAAUUUGCUCGUUACUCCCCGGGAGUGGACACCUGCUGGCAGCCCUGCCACCAGUCCAGGUCAUCAGGGUGGGGUCCCUGCAGUCAGGCUCACCACCUGGCUGGGCGCACGUGAGUGAAAUUAAUUACAAAAGUGUCAUUAUCUGCACACAAACGGAAAAGAGGGCCGAAAUUUGUGAAAAACUUGAAAACUACUUCAAAGAGUGCAGAACUAACAAAACAAAAACGGUGAACGCAAAAUUUCGUGACACGGCAAUGCAUCAACGAUUGCAACGACGACGACGACAAGUUAGUCAAGACCAGUGACAACUGAAAGAGAGGAACCAGAGUGUAAGAGAGAGAGAGAGGGAGCUUGGUGUGCCGGGAGAGGCACGCCGCGCGACCGUCGCACACUUCAACUAUGAACACGAAGCUGAGACUAAUUGCAUCGUUGAUUAACUUCUUCGUCAUCGCAGUGGCAGACACCCUCAGCCCGGACCUGCAGAUGUACUGGGAGAACAGUAUGGUGCAGCCGUACUUUGACAACACAACCAAGCGGGAGAUGACGGCCAUCGCCGGCCAGACGUGCCAGCUCCACUGCCGGGUCAAAAGUCUCGGGGACCGGGCGGUAUCGUGGAUCCGGAAACGGGACCUGCACAUCCUCACCGUUGGCAUACUGACGUACACCAACGACCAGCGCUUCCAGUCGCUCCACACCGACGGCAGCGACGAGUGGACGUUACGGAUAACGUCCCCCCAGGCACGGGACUCGGGCGUCUACGAGUGCCAAGUAUCGACUGAGCCGAAAAGUAGUCAAGCGUUCCGGCUGAACGUGGUCGUCUCGAAGGCGAAGAUCCUCGGCAACACGGAACUGUUCGUGAAGAGUGGCAGUGACAUUAAUUUGACCUGCGUCGCCCUGCAGUCCCCGCAGCCGCCGUCCUUCAUCUACUGGUACAAGGGCGGCCGGGUGAUCAAUUAUUCACAGCGGGGCGGCAUCAGCGUGCUAACCGAGCAGCAAACCCGGACGAGCCGGCUGGUCAUCGCACGUGCUUCGCCCUCCGACUCCGGCAACUACACCUGCGCACCCAGCAAUUCCGACUCCGCCAGCGUGAUGGUCCACGUGAUCAAGGGCGAACAUCCGGCGGCGAUGCAGCACGGCAUCAACAGUGCCAGCAUCGUACACAAAUCAGAACACAUCAUCCGUGCGCUGGUGGUCUCGCUGGUUUGCUUCCAGCUGCUGCUGGUCAGCGUACUUCCCAAUAGAUAAGGCCAAACAUAGAGGAAAACAAAUCACAAAGCCGCAUCAGUUGACUGUUUUUAUUUUCCUCAUCACCCUCCAACUCCCACUCCAACAUCACCCGACACCAACAACAGCAACAGAAUCCUUCUCCACCAGCAUCAGCAGCAACAUCAACAGCGUAGAACUACGAAAAGGCAGGACACCAAAGAGCACUUCCACCGGCAGCAACCCGUUCCAUCAGCAGUAGUUGAUACUUGCCGCGUCAUACGAGCAUCGUCAUCGUCGUCGACGGAACAGCCACCCCCAGAGAGGAGGACGACGGCAAACACACGGGGGACGACAACACGACAUGCACACAACAACGUACUUUAUGAUGAUAAAACUCCGAGAUAAUAACCUUGAGCUCCAUCCAUCGGACGACACCGGUGCUAGCUGGCCCACCAUGAACGAGCUUCAGGACCUCACACACGUGUGACCCCGGCACGUCCCAAUCGACCGGUGGAAUCCCCUUAAGUGUGUGCGUUCCUCGCUUAUUUCCCCCGUCCCAGCACUAAACUGUACUCAACUUCGCUGAAAACGCAUGAACAUUAACGUACCUCAACAUAAGUCAUCCAACUCCCACAAACAUUUCCCAACCACCCCCGCUGACAUAUGGAAAUUGCCGGCGGAAAACCGGUAACAUAACUGAAAGAGAUGGCGGAAAACGACGAGCGACGAGAGUGAAUGGUAUUUCAUAAUGAUGGAUGGUGCGCGGCCAGAGCAUAUUUUCCAGCAUAGGGAAAGCAGAAUGAAAAUAAGUAAGACGAGAAAUGUUAUGUAGCGUGUGUGUGUGUGUAUGUUGAGCAGCGAAAAAUGUAAGGUUGUAGGUAAAGAGUCUCAGUUUAGGGUCACUGAAUGGGUCUUCCAGUUUUGAGCAAUUUCCACUCGAGGCAAGGAAAAUUUCAACUUGGAUUUAAAUUGUGUUGGAUGCACAGAAUCUAAUGACAUGAAAUGUACAUAAUAGUGAUCCUCUUGACUUUUGUUUUUCAUUUUGAAUUCAUUUUUUUUAAAGAAUAUGGUUUAGUCUGAGGGUAGAUAAGAUUUUCAAAGACUAAUAUUCUAAGAAGAAAAAGCUUGAGAAUAUUCCAACAUUGUCAGAGGAGUUAUUUCUUUUGUUAAUAGGACAUUUAAAAAAUGCCUUUCCAACAAUGAAAACAUUUGAAACCCAAAGAUUAGAUGACCUUUUGAAAAAAAACUCUAGAAGUAAUAUAUUGGUAAAAAAACAGUUAUUUUAAUGUUAGCUGCAUUUCGUAAAUUAUUGUUUAAACUCGCAGAAAGUGUGGAUUUCGAUACCAAAUAUUACCUCUUUGAGCAAAUAAGUUUUUUUUUUCAAUAUAUUUACCUCUUUGAGAAAGCAAAAUUUCAAAAAAUAUUCCGGAAAAGUCAACGGAAAAACUUUUUUUUUCUUGAAAUAAUUGUUAUACUUUAUAUUACAUAAUUUAAAUAUUAAUUUGAAUAAACGAUUCACUACUUUAAGUAAAUUUCGAAAACAAAAACUUCUGAUAACCCUACCACACCCGGCCUUUAGUAACACCUUUAAAUCUAGCGGAGGUCACAACCGGUGAAACAUCAAUUUGGGGACAUUUCCCAGUGGCGCUGAUGGCAGCAAACGACAACAUUAUACACAGCCACCCAAACCAACGUCCCACCGAUGUUCUUCCCGUACACGUCGUUGUAAAGAGUAAAGAGAUCGAGCUCCACGUGGGCUAAAUCCCCUUGCGGGAAAAGCUCAGCGGUAGGUUUGAUAAUAAAGACAAUGCCACGUGUGUGUGUGUGUGUGUGUGUGUGUGUGUGUGUGUGUGUGUGUGUGUGUGUGUGUGUGUGUGUGUGUGUGUGUGUGUGUGUGUGUGUGUGUGUGUCCCCGCACCACCGGACGAGCUACGGUUAUUGAACGUUAAUGUAAAUCCUGCUACGUAAGCUAAAGUAACAUUUCAAAAGGGCGCAUUUUCAAUUUUGCAUUUUAAAUGUUCAACUUUUUCUAAAAAUUUUUGAUAUUCUUUAUGAGAUGAACCUAGCCUUGCUACUUAGAAAUAAACUCCCUUUUUAAAAAAUACAUUUCCCACCUCCAGUGUUGCCAGCAAUCCCGGCCCGUGGAUCAGUGCGGCCGCUUGAUGGAUUAACUUUACGAGUCCUGGGGGAAAUCAUUCAACCUGGCGUAUGUGGGGCGCGCGCACAGUACACAUUUCCUGGCGCCCAAGAUAACAUUCGUCGAUUGUUGCGCAUGCAUGACAAAUGUGUUCGGUGCCUGGUGCCGAUUCCCGCCGGGGGGAGAGGUGGGUUGCCUGGUGACAGCUCCGGUAGACACCUUCGGCCGGGGUGAUUAAUGGCCGAACCGUUACUCGUAUGAUUGAGGGAAAAGUUGGAUUCAAUUUCGUCGCAAUUUUUCUUGAUUUUAUUCAAUUUGACGGUUCUGGUUGCACGGUGUCAGGUCUUUUAAAAGUUUUCAAAAUAAUGUAAAAAGCUGUUUGGAAACGUUUCCAAAUGCUUCGAAAAAUACUCCAUGAAACAAUUUUUCGGUUAAACCCAAGCAUUUAUAAAUUCAAUUUUCGAGAAAAUCUCGAUAGCUGUUAAGGGAAUCUCACUAACAAUUCUUGUACAGUUUUGGUUAAGAUUAUUUCUAACAGUCAUAAAAAAUCAUCAAUUAGGGUCACGUCGGUUAGGCUAGUACAAAUUCUAGUUGAAGUUUUUAUCCCUCAGCUCCAGCCAAGGUAGAGAAAGAUGAGAGAGGGGCAUUUCAUUUUGUUUGAAACCUAAUUGUCAAAAACGUUUGACCAAAAGUAUUCUGCCCAUAAUUGAAAAUUCGGCUAUUAUGCCAAAUCAAGUAUUCCGAGAAAAACGCGUUUUAGUGUUUGUGACCAAAUCUCCGUCAAGGCAAUUUCCCAUAAGAGUGGCAUAUUAGCCGUUUGGUUUUUCGCAUCGGCAGCCAAGUCUAAGCACUAUUUCAGUAAAAUUCAAGUACCAGAAGAUGCGUUGGAACAUCCUCUACCACCUGGUGCUAAUAUCUCGUUUUUGCCAAAAGUGGAUAUUAGCCGUUUUUUCAAUGGUGGGCAGUAUUGCAGAAUGCAUAAUUCAUUACAUAAGUUUUGAAACUGUCCCACAUUUGCUAAAUAUCAAUAAAUUAAUUUAAAAAAAAAUUCGUUUUUUACGUAAUUUUCCAAUCGGUGGUCCCAAAACUCAAACUAUUUUUAAAAAGAAUUAAAAGUUUUUAUUUGAUUAAAAAUGCAUAUGGGUAAUUCUCCGCCAACUCACACAGCAGUUGCCCCGACCCCUCUUCGAUUUGCGUGAAACUUUGUCCUGAUAGGUAACUUUUGUCCCUGAUCACGAAUCCGAGGUCCGUUUUUUGAUAUCUCGUGACGGAGGGGCGGUACGACCCCUUCUAUUUUUGAACAUGCGAAAAAAGAGGUGUUUUUCAAUAAUUUGCAGCCUGAAACGGUGAUGAGAUAGAAAUUUGGUGUCAAAGGGACUUUUAUGUAAAAUUAGACGCCCGAUUUGAUGGCGUACUCAGAAUUCCGAAAAAACGUAUUUUUCAUCGAAAAAAUACACUAAACAAGUUUUUAAAACUCUGCCAUUUUCGGUUACUUAACUGUAAAUUUUUUUGGAGCAUGUCAUUUUAUGGGAAACAAGCCUUACCCGAAAAACUUCGUCUUUUCCUUUUUUCGUUUGUUGACGUCUUUAGCUUUUUUUCCUUAUUCAGCCUCCUAUGAUCAAAAUUUGAUUUUACGCAACUUUUCUCAUACAAUCUGCAGAUUUUCCGGAAUCGGUUCCAGAGUGGCCAAAGUUGCCACUUUUUGGCGUAAGAACCUUCCUUGGACUUAUACGAACCCAACGCAACAAAGAGCACCUCGAUCCGACGCUCCGUAUUGAACUGAUUCGCGUUCGAACAAAACCGUCGAAAUUUUUUAUAUAUAUA